GGUUUGCUCUGUGUGAUAGUAGUGGCAUAUUAUAUUAUUAUUGUAUAAAUGCAGAUAUACGGAGCAUACGUUUUAUACGUUUUAUACGUUAUACUUACGUCGUACCCUCUAAAAACUCAAAAUACAUUUCGGUUUAGCUUUCCUCUGUGUAUGCAUAACAUUUUUAUUUAUUUCUUCUUCAUACUACAGAGUACACUGUACAGUGUACUUAUACAAUACAUAAACUGCUGUAAAACCCAUAGCAAAAUUUUUCCUUGUGGAUACGAAACAACACAACCAGCAGAGUUAGUUGAAUUAAAUUCAGUUCAGUUCAGUACACUUUAGUUCGGUACGUUUUCAGUUCAUACAGAGUAAAGUAUAAUAUUCUCUGUUUUACUCAAAUAAACCCACAAAAUGGCUGGUGAACGUCCAAAACGCCCUUUGUCUGCUUACAUGCUAUGGUUAAAUGAAAAUCGUGAACAAAUUAAAAAAGAUAAUCCUGGUAGCAAAGUAACCGAUAUCGCCAAAAGAGGCGGCGAACUAUGGAGAGCAAUCAAAGAUAAAACGGAAUGGGAGCAAAAAGCUGUUAAAAUGAAAGAGGAAUAUAAUAAGGCAGUUAAAGAGUAUGAAGCCAAUGGUGGCACUGAUACCGGCGCCGGCAAGAAACGAAAGAGUAAGGCUGCCAAGCCAGCCAAGAAGGCCAAAAAGAAAGAAACAUCAGAAGAAGAAGAGGAAGAAGAAAGUGAAUAAACAUUUUCAUCUCAUCA